AUGGACAGUUCAAGCAUUUUUAUGGAAUGUGGUAGUAGUCAAGGGGAAGAUGUAGAAGUUGAUCACGGUGAUUGUGGUGGUGAUGAUGAUGACUCACUUUGGGUUCCUGCAAUUGGGAUGUAUUUCUUCUAUGACAUAGAUUUAGAUGAUGACUUUCAUGUAAGGAAUGUAUUUUGGGCUGAUGCAAGAAGUAGAGACGCUUACAAAUAUUUUGGAGAUGUUGUAACUUUUGACACAACAUACUUGACUAACAAGUAUGACAUGCCUUUUGCUGUAUUCAUGGGUGUGAAUCACCAUGGUCAAUCAACAUUACUUGGUUGUGGAUUACUAUCAGAAAAAGCACCUUUGGGUAUUGUGACCGAUCAAUGUAAGGCUAUGAAAAAUGUUAUUGAGAUCAAGUAUGCAAUGAAAGAAGCAGUCUAUGAUACAUUUAUAACAACUAGUUUUGAACAAAAAUGGUGUUCGUUCAUAGAAAAGUUUGAUCUCCAAGAAAAUGAUUGGUUGGGUGGGUCGUAUAUUGAGCGUCAUAGGUGGGCACCAACUUUGUUAAGGAUAUAUUUUUGGGAUGGCAUGUCAACUAUGCAACGUAGUGAGAGCAUACAUGCUUUCUUUGAUGGAUAUAUCAAUUCUACAACAAUUCUAAAUCAGUUCGUGAAACAAUAUGAUAAUGCUCUUAGAAGUUGGACAGAAAAAGAAUUUGAAGCUGAUUUUAAUUCAAUGGAUACAACAAUUCCAUGUGGGUCAAACUCGUCCAUUGAGAAGCAAUUCCAAAGUGAGUUUACGAAUGCCAAAUUCAAGGAAAUUCAAGUGGAAUUCAGAUCUAAAAUGAAUUGUUCUGCCUCAUUAAAUAGCAUGGAAGGUUGCUUUGCUACAUAUCAUGUGUUGGAGGAGAUAUUAGUUUGA